UAGCAAGCAUCGAUCUGACUAUGUGGACUAUCUCUGAAAUAUUUUUUCUAUUCUUGGUCUCUAUGUUGAUGAUCAACUAUUUGAAAGUCCUAUGGACUUCGAGAAAUCUCCCUCCUGGGCCAUUUCCAUUGCCUUUGAUCGGGAAUUUGUGGGGGCUAAAAUUCCAGCUUCAUCCAGAGACACUAGCACAAUUCUCUAGGCUCCAUGGCAGAAUCUAUACUGUGUGGCUUGGUGGUUCUCCUCUUGUGGUCCUGAAUGGAUGGAGAGCUGUGAAAGAUGGUAUUGUCUCUCAUUCCGAGGAGCUGUCUGGGCGCCCUGUAGCCAGCUUUCUCAUGGAUCUUAUGGGUGGAGGAGGCAUUGUGAUGUCCAAUGGACAUGUGUGGAAACAACAGAGACGUUUUGGACUGAUGACCCUGAGGAAUUUGGGACUUGGGAAGCGUGGACUAGAGUCACGGAUACAAGAUGAAGCUCAGUACAUGGUAGAGUCUUUUAGAGCCCAAAAUGGAGCUCCAUUUGACCCCUUCAACAUUAUUACUGCUUGUGUUGGAAAUGUAAUAUCUGCUGUCGUUUUUGGACAUCGUUUCUCUAAUGAUGAUGUAAUAUAUCAAGAACUGAUCAAAUGCAAUCAUUGUAUUGUUGAGUCCCUUGGCUCGGUAUGGGCAAAGGUCUAUGAUGCUUUUCCAUGGCCGAUGAAACAUCUGCCAGGUCCACACCAGUCUGCAUUUACAAAUAUGGCAUAUUUGAGACAGUUUAUAGCAAAGGAGCUCCGGACCCAUAAGGAAAGUGGAUCACUUGAGGAACCUCAAGAUGUCAUUGACUAUUAUCUGGCCCAGAUUGAAAAGAGCAAAGCAGAGGCAGACUCUACGUUUGAUGAACAAAACCUGAUUUCAAUGGUCACAGAUCUUUUUGGUGCUGGGACAGAAACUACAGCCACCACCCUGCAAUGGGCUCUGCUUUACAUGGUGGCUUUUCCCCAUAUACAACAGAAAGUACAUGAAGAACUCGAUGCUGUUCUAGAUGGAUCCAAACUAGUUUGCUAUGAAGACCGCAAGAGGCUUCCAUACACCAAUGCUGUAAUCCAUGAGAUCCAGCGGUAUGCCAACAUUGCAGCUGUAGGCAUUCCACGGACAUGUGUUAAAGAAGUUAAUGUCUAUACAUACUCUCUGAAGAAGGAUACAAUGGUGCUGGCCAAUUUGGACUCUGUGCUCUUUGAUCCCCAGUGCUGGAAGACACCUGAUCAAUUCAACCCCAAUAACUUUUUGGAUGAAAAAGGGAAUUUUUUAGCAAAUGAAGCAUUUUUACCUUUCUCUGGAGGUGCCCGGGCAUGUCUUGGGGAGCAACUUGCCCGAUACGAGCUAUUUAUCUUCUUCACCACUCUGUUGCAAUCAUUUGAAUUUCAUCUCCCAAAUGGGGUAGCUAAGGUAAACACAAAAUAUAUCUACAACCUCACCCUGCAGCCUCACCCUUACCAGAUCUGUGCUGUUGCUCGUUAGUUUGCUGCACCUGUUCAGAUUACU